AUGGGACCGGGAGGCGGCCGGCCGGAGCAUGCGCGGGAGGAAGAGCGCGUGCCACGCGCCGCUGGUCCAGCCAGCUCCGUGUCCGCAACGUCCCAGUUUUUUUUCCGAGCCCGGGGAGUGGCCGCGGCCUGGACUCCGCCCAGCUCCCUUAAUCCGGACCGGGGCGGGGUGGGUGGGUGGAGAGCAGGGCUUUGGGAUGUGUAUUUCCGCUAG